AAUACCGUGAUCUUGAAACUGUCCGAGCUUUCCCCGACGUUCUCGUCCGUUUUCGCUCGUCUCGUUGCCAAGAACUUCGACGAGAAGUUGUUCGCUGCUGUCGAAGGCGCCGUACCAGAAGUGACAGCGUUGCUCGCUGAACGAUUCGAUCACAUCACGUAUACCGGUAAUCCGACGGUGGCCAAGGUGAUUAUGACGGCAGCGGCCAAGUAUCUCACACCAGUACUUCUUGAACUCGGCGGUAAAAACCCCGUGUCAUCGACUCAGACUCAGACAUUGACGAAGUUGCAAAGAGGAUUAUCUACUUCAAAGACGUAUAACUGUGGUGCUCCACACACUGAAGCAAAUCAAACCGAAGCUGAUCGCUGCGCUGUUACGAAACACUUCGAAGCGAUGGCACCGUUCAAGCAGAACAAAACCUUCGGUAAAAUAAUCCACGAGAGACACUUCGAUCGACUGUCAACAUUGCUCAAAAACACCAAAGGCAAAAUCGUCUACAAGCCCAAGGAAGAACCCUGCAGAGCUGAGUGCUUCCUUCCUCCACAUGUUAUCGAAAUUGAGAAGGACGACGUUCUCAUGCAGGAAGAGAUAUUUGGACCUCUUCUACCAAUCGUGACGGUGAAAUCGUUCGAUGAAGCAAUUGAAUGGGUCAGGGACAACGAGAAACCCCUCGGCGCCUAUCUGUUCACGGAAAACCCCGACAAGGUGAAACGCUUCCUUCUGGAGACGUCCAGCGGUGGUGUGACGGUGAACGAUGUGAUGAGCCAUGUUUUCGUGAGCACCCUCCCAGUCGGUGGUGUCGGUAACAGCGGUAUGGGUCGACUGAAUGGCAAAUAUGGAUUUGAUAAUUUCGUCCAUGAGAAGCCGAUUCUCGUGAGGAAAGGCCUUGGCAAAGAAGUCGUCGCGAGGCUGUGA